GUAAAUACAAAUGUUUAAAAGGAGUGUGCAGUGCAGAAAGCGCAGGGAUUAAUACACGAAACACCCGGACGAGUCAGGAUCGCGCAGUUCGAUCUGAACAAAUUCUAAUCUAAUCUUAUUGCGUGGGAAUCAGUACUUGUCGCAAUGGAUAACUUAAUAACAAUUGUAAAUAAGCUGCAAGAUGCGUUCACAUCGCUCGGCGUCCACAUGCAAUUGGAUCUGCCACAGAUCGCAGUGGUCGGUGGCCAAUCAGCUGGCAAGAGUUCUGUUUUGGAGAACUUCGUUGGCAAAGAUUUCUUGCCGCGUGGUUCGGGCAUCGUGACACGCAGACCUCUUAUAUUGCAGUUGAUCAAUGGAGUUACUGAAUAUGGCGAGUUCCUUCACAUUAAAGGCAAAAAGUUUUCAAGCUUUGAUGAGAUUAGAAAAGAAAUCGAGGAUGAGACGGAUCGUGUGACCGGUAGUAACAAAGGCAUUUCAAACAUUCCAAUUAAUUUGCGCGUAUAUUCGCCCCAUGUACUCAAUCUAACGCUGAUCGAUUUGCCAGGCUUAACAAAAGUAGCAAUUGGUGAUCAGCCAGUUGAUAUUGAACAGCAAAUUAAGCAGAUGAUAUUCCAAUUUAUUCGCAAAGAGACUUGUUUAAUUCUGGCUGUGACACCGGCCAAUACCGAUUUGGCCAAUUCGGAUGCCCUCAAACUGGCCAAGGAGGUGGAUCCACAAGGUGUGCGCACGAUCGGUGUUAUAACAAAGCUUGAUCUUAUGGACGAGGGUACCGAUGCACGAGACAUUCUUGAGAACAAGCUGCUUCCAUUGCGCCGUGGUUAUAUUGGCGUUGUGAAUAGAUCACAAAAGGAUAUCGAAGGACGGAAGGACAUCCACCAGGCAUUGGCUGCCGAGCGCAAGUUCUUCUUGAGUCACCCAUCCUACCGUCACAUGGCCGAUCGUCUAGGAACACCCUACUUGCAGAGGGUCCUUAACCAACAACUUACUAACCAUAUAAGGGACACGUUACCUGGCUUGCGAGAUAAAUUACAGAAGCAGAUGCUAACGUUGGAAAAGGAGGUUGAGGAAUUCAAGCACUUUCAGCCAGGCGAUGCCAGCAUUAAAACCAAGGCUAUGCUUCAAAUGAUUCAGCAGCUGCAAUCUGAUUUUGAGCGGACAAUUGAGGGCAGUGGCUCAGCUUUGGUCAAUACAAAUGAGCUAUCAGGCGGCGCCAAGAUCAAUCGCAUUUUCCAUGAACGUCUGCGCUUUGAGAUUGUUAAGAUGGCCUGUGAUGAAAAGGAACUACGACGAGAGAUCUCAUUUGCAAUUCGAAAUAUUCACGGUAUUCGCGUUGGCCUCUUCACACCCGACAUGGCGUUUGAGGCAAUUGUUAAGAGGCAAAUCGCGUUGCUUAAGGAGCCGGUUAUUAAGUGUGUCGAUCUAGUCGUACAGGAACUUUCUGUGGUUGUGCGCAUGUGCACAGCUAAAAUGAGUCGAUACCCACGUUUACGCGAGGAAACCGAACGUAUUAUCACAACGCAUGUUCGCCAACGCGAGCACAGUUGCAAGGAACAAAUUCUUCUGCUUAUUGACUUUGAGCUGGCUUACAUGAAUACCAACCAUGAGGACUUCAUUGGUUUUGCCAACGCUCAAAAUAAAUCAGAAAAUGCCAAUAAAACUGGCACUCGUCAGCUUGGCAAUCAAGUUAUACGCAAGGGUCACAUGGUUAUACAAAACCUGGGUAUCAUGAAAGGUGGAUCGCGUCCCUAUUGGUUUGUUUUGACAUCCGAGAGUAUCUCCUGGUACAAAGACGAGGAUGAGAAGGAAAAGAAGUUUAUGCUGCCGUUGGAUGGUUUAAAAUUGCGUGAUAUUGAACAGGGAUUUAUGUCAAUGUCUAGACGUGUUACAUUUGCUUUAUUUAGUCCCGAUGGACGUAAUGUUUAUAAGGACUACAAACAACUGGAGCUGUCCUGCGAGACUGUGGAGGAUGUGGAGUCCUGGAAAGCUUCCUUCUUGCGAGCCGGUGUCUAUCCCGAAAAGCAGGAGACUCAGGAAAAUGGCGACGAGGAAGGACAAGAGCAACAAUCGGCCAGCGAGGAGAGUUCCACCGAUCCACAGCUAGAACGGCAGGUGGAAACCAUUCGUAAUCUGGUUGAUUCUUACAUGAAGAUUGUCACGAAGACCACGCGAGACAUGGUGCCCAAAGCAAUUAUGAUGCUCAUAAUUAACAAUGCCAAGGACUUUAUCAACGGCGAACUUCUAGCACAUCUCUAUGCGUCUGGUGAUCAGUCCCAGAUGAUGGAAGAAUCGGCUGAGUCGGCCACACGGCGAGAGGAGAUGCUGCGUAUGUACCGUGCUUGCAAAGAUGCUUUGCAGAUCAUAGGAGACGUAUCUAUGGCAACUGUGUCCUCGCCAUUGCCACCUCCAGUUAAGAAUGAUUGGCUACCCAGUGGCUUGGACAACCCACGUCUCUCCCCUCCAAGUCCAGGUGGUGUUAGAGGAAAAUCAGGACCUCCCGCACAGAGCUCCUUAGGUGGACGGAACCCACCAUUGCCACCAGCUACAGGUCGCCCAGCUCCAGCGAUUCCGAAUCGCCCAGGUGGUGGUGCACCACCCCUACCCGGCGGUCGUCCUGGCGGAGCUCUGCCCCCACCAAUGCUACCUUCACGUCGUUAAAUUGUUGUCAGCGUCAAGAGAGAGACAUCUUAGGGGAAGAACCUUCAAAAGUAUAUGUAGCUUGCUGACGACUUAACCAACACAAUACCUAAAAUUAUACUUUUCAACAAUUGCAAUUUGAUAUUAUUCCGGCAAAAUCCAAAUCCAAAAAUCAACAACGAUGGGAAAUCGAUACAUUUAAAUCGCUUGCGUAUUAUUGUAGUCAUAUAUAUAUAAUCUGAAGCGUUAAACAAAAACUGAUAUAAAUUCUUAAUAUGUGAAAAAGCAACUAGUCGAGAUGCACAUGAUUUCUUUAACUCCAUAAGAUGAUGAUGAUGUUGAUGUUUUUUUUUUGUCCUAAAGUCUACUUUCCUGUGUAGAUAUACAAUAUAUAUACAUAUACAUACAUACCUAUAUAUAUAUAAAUAUAUAUGUGUGAAAAUGUAUGUGCAUUUGUUCGUGCAUGUCUUAUAAAUUAUUAUUAUUAUUUGAUGUCCCCUUAUCAAUGGCAUACGCUCAAAAGUUAUGUAAACUAUUUGUAUUGGGCAGAUGCUUAGUGACGAUAUUAACCAAUGAUCUUAAUUAUAUAGCUAACUAUUAAUAAAUAGCUUUCGUUAACUGCAUUGUGUUGUUGUUGAUGUUAAACUAUAAAACCCAAUUAAAUUAGAAAAUGUUAGGUAAAAAGCAACGUUAAAAACAUUUCAAGUCAGUCACAAAGUAUUUCCUUGAACUUAAACAUAAAUCUAACCAACUAACUAACUAAUAUACCCCCAUUUCCAUUUAAUCGAAAGAGCAAAAAACUAUAUAUAUAUAUAAAGUUAUUGCAAUUAUUGGGAUUCAAACUAUUUAAGUACGAUUUGCCUUCGUUGUUUUGAUCAACAUAUUUUUAUGCUUGAAAAAUAAGUUAUUUGCAUAUGAUUAACUAUUUGUUCGCCAUCAAGAUUCGUUUAAAUUUCAAUGUAAUUUUUUAAAGAAAAAUGUAUUCCCAAUCCGAAGACAUUUUUUCGGAAAUGGAAUAGCUAGCUGGCCCGUUUCCAAGAAACGAUUAAGUUAAACGCUUAUUUGUAUUGUUCAUUCCUUUAAAUAUUUUUAGGUUUUUGCAAUUAAGUUUUGGGCAGUCUUUGGAGAAUGCCGACCAAGAUAUCAAAACACUGAAUUUAUAUCGAUAAAAACAAUCAAGAAAUGAAAUUGAAGUCAGUUUGAAGAGCUAAAAUGUACCAUUUUAUCUAUGUAUGUAUCCUUUCAUCUUUCAUGUAUGUAAUCAAAAAUUUUUUCGGGACUUCAAAAAGAAAAUAUAUAUAUUAACAAAUUUAUUUUUUGAGUGGUUUGUAUCGAUUCCCAAUAACAUACAAAAAUUAUUUAACAUAAUUAUAUGUGUAGAAAAAAAAACAUUUAUAUAUAUAUAUUAUAUAUACAGCAAUGUCAUAAAAUAUUUUUUGUUUUGACAUUAAACCGAUAUUUUUGCCACUACAACCCUAAAUUAAUGUACGUGUUUCAAAUAAUUUAUGUAAAAUGUAUUAUUUUUAACGUUGAUUACAAAAUAUAAGUCAUGAAAAUACUCUUGUGACUUACUCAAAUGGAUUGUGACGAUGGAAAUAUGCAGCAAACUUAUAUUACAUAUGACCAGUUUACGUAUACACAAAUAAAGUGCAUAAAUAAAUACAUAAAUUGUUCGUA